AUGACUGACGAUUCAGAAGAUGACGAAGCUCAUAACACUAGUAAAAAGCAUAAACUAGGACAUUUACGUGUUGAUACUCAAGGAAAUGCAACAUUUAAACGUUUACCAACUAAUCAACUUGUUGAAGCAUUGCAAUUAGGUAUUCAAUAUAGUGUUGGUGGUCUAGAAGCAAGACCAGCACAUGAUGUACUUUAUCAAGAUUUUGUUACUGUUGAAAUAAUAAAUUUUCCAAAAGGUGGAAGAAAUACACCAAAGGCUACACCACCACAUCGUUUUAAUGAUUUUACAAUUCGAUCAUAUGCUCCUGUUGCAUUUCGACAUUUUCGAGAAAAAUUUAAUAUUAAACCAGAAGAUUAUUUAUCUUCAAUAUGUAGACCUUUUCGUGAAUUAAAAAAUCCUGGUGCAAGUGGAAGUUUAUUUUAUUUAACAUCCGAUGAUGAAUUUAUUAUAAAAACAGUACAAAAAAAAGAAGCUGCAUUUUUAAAAACUCUUCUUCCGGGUUAUUAUAUGAAUGUUACACAAAAUCAACGUACAUUAUUACCAAAAUUUUUUGGUCUCUAUUGUUAUCAAGGUGAAAAUAAAAAUAUUCGUAUAACUGUUAUGAAUAAUUUAAUUCCAUCUCAUAUUCAAAUGCAUGAAAAAUAUGAUCUUAAAGGUUCAACAUAUAAACGACGAGCAAAUAGUGAAGAACGACUUAAAGAAUCUCCAACAUGGAAAGAUUUAGAUUUUAUGGAACGUCAUCCAGACGGUUUAAUACUUGAUUCCGAAACACAUAAUGCUCUAGAAAAAACAGUUCAACGUGAUUGUCGAGUACUUGAAAGUUUUCAUAUUAUGGAUUAUUCAUUUUUAAUUGGUGUUCAUCAUGCUAAUUCACAUACAGAUUCACCAAGAGAACAUCCAGUUACAAACGGUGUAUCAAAUAAUUCAACAUUAGCACCACCAUCAUUACGUAGAAUGUAUUCAACACCAAUGGCUAGUAUUCAAGCUGAAUUUGGAGAUCAUAAUAAACCUGAUGAUGAUCAUCUCGCCAAAACUGGUGGUAUUCCAGCACUAACAGCUGAUGGUCAAAGAUUGUAUCUUUAUGUUGGUAUCAUCGAUAUACUACAGUCAUAUCAAUUACGAAAAAAAAUUGAACAUAGAUUUAAAUCUGUGAUAACCGAUGGAUCACAAAUAUCCGUCACACGUCCAAGUUAUUAUUCUGAACGAUUCCAAAAGUUUCUUUUCCAUACUGUAUUCAAAAAAGCACUACCAAGACAGUCAAAACCAGAUGUAAUGACAGGAUCAAGACAAACAAUAAAUAAUAAUCUUUAUACAAAUCCACCAACGAAUAAUACUCCUUCAAUAAAGUCAUUGAAUGGUAUACCGUAUACUAUUCCAUCGAGAUUAAUUUAUUCAACUUCAAGUUCAAGUGCAGGAACAACAAAUAGUCGUUUAACAAUGAAUGGUACACCAAUACGAUCAUCAAAACAAAGUGAACAAAGAAAUAUUCAUGGAAGUUCAACAACAUUUUAUGCUAGUUCACAACAGUCAGAUUCUUUAUUUAAUGAACCAAUACAUAGAUCAUCAGGGAGAGUUUUAACAACAAGACUUGACACUAAUCAUACAGAUAAUUCAAGAAUGAAAUUUUAUCGAGAUUUAUCAACACCACCAAUUAUUGAUGUUGAAAAACGUCAUAGUUUAUUAGCAAAGAAUGGAAAUGUUGGGAAAAAAAUCACAUCAUCUACUACUAAUAUAUCACAACGUAAGAAUUUUAUUUUUAUUUAA